AUCUACAACCAAAGAUGCGUGCGUUCGCUUGGCUUCUAUUUGUCGCUCUGGCAUACGCCACUGAAGGAGCUCCAUCUCCUUCUACCAGUAAGGAUGCUAUCGGCAUUAAGGAUAUUGGUGAUGCUCCCAUCGGAAAAUUUAAGUAUCAAGUGUCAUUAAGCCAAAACGGCACACACAUGUGCAGUGGAUCUAUUCUUGAUGAUUUGAAUGUGUUAACUUCAGCAGCAUGUGUAGUAGAUUCCAAGUGUUCACCAAGUGAAAUAACGGCCUAUGUCGGCACAAUUAUAGACGGUACAGGAUAUAGUCAUAACGUAGAGAGUAUUAUCGUCCACCAAAAUUACGACAAAUUAUUAUGUUCUAAUGACAUCGCCUUGAUUCAUCUUAAGGAUCCUAUCCAACGCAACGUACUAGUGAAUCCGACAUGUCUUCCAAAAUCCAAUAAAAGCUUCGAAGGCAAGGCGUGCACGUUAUCCGGAUGGACAAUUACGGCAAAUGCAAACUUGCAAGAAACUGCGUUGGUAGUUGAUAAGCAAACAGAAUGCGCGAAAAGUCACUGGGAACUGACAGCUAGCCAUAUCUGCACUGUGGCUCAAAACAGAACGGAUGGAUACAAGAAUGAUCAUGGUUCACCUUUGGUUGCUAAUGGAAUUCAAAUUGGAAUCGCUUCCUCCGUCUGUUCUGGAGAGCCAGAUGUUUACACAAGAGUGUCCAGUUUCCUGUCUUGGAUAAAUGCAAAUUUGAAGACUUAAGAGAUAUUUAAUCUGUUCAUUAAAUGACAUUUGGUGUUACGAAGUUUAUAAUUUAAAGUAACAGUAAUAAUAUAGUUUAAACAAGUUAUUUCUGCGAAAUGUAUGCUCUUUUUUUCAAUUAAAUAAAUUAUGAAUGUAAAUAACA